CAAGCUGCAGCUAGAUCCCGUAUCUGCCUCACUUCCGUCUGGCACCUCCCUUCCGGGCAGUUCUCACUUCCGAGAGGCUCCUCGCUUCCGCAUUGUCUCACUUCCAGGUCACGACCUCACUUCCGCCUCCUCCGGCCUGGCCCGGGCCCGGGUCCGGAUGCUCGUGGGGCCGCGCGGCGCCCUGCGGGGAGCGGUGGUGAGUCCGGGAGAGCACUGACAGAUGAAGCCCAUGAGCUGAGCCCUCCAGCCAUGGCCGCUCCCCGGAGGACAGCAGCUCCCUGGAGGAGAGCUCUGCUGAUGCUUCUGGCAUCGCAGGCCUUGUCCUUAGCGAACUGCUCUGAAGAGGAGGAAGUCCCAGAAGAAUGGAUCCUUCUGCAUGUUGUUCAGGGUCAGAUAGGAGCUGGGAAUUAUAGUUACUUGAGGUUAAAUCAUGAGGGAAAGAUCAUUCUUAAGAUGCAGAGCUUAAAAGGAGAUGCAGACCUGUACGUAUCCGACAGCACCCUCCAUCCGAGUUUCGAUGACUAUGAGUUACAGUCAGUCACUUGUGGCCAGGACAUUGUUUUUAUACCAGCACAUUUUCAACGCCCUGUGGGAAUAGGGAUCUAUGGACACCCAUCUCACCAUGAGAGCGAAUUUGAAAUGAAAGUAUAUUAUGAUAAAACAAUCGAUCAGUACCCACUUGGUGAGCCCGCUUACUCCUCAGACGGCACAGACCCAAGUCAGAAGCACGCUUAUGCUCCGGAAGACGCGCCUCAAGAGGAGGAAUCUGUUCUUUGGACAAUAUUAAUUAGUAUUUUGAAACUGGUACUCGAAAUUCUUUUCUGAGUCAUUUAGCAUACUCUGGAGUAUAAUACCCCUAAUCUGUGACGUUAAUUGCAGUUUGCUGUGAACCUUGCUAGCUACUUUUACCUGGCUGGAGUUCUGGUUACCGUUUCUAGUUGAGGAAUGGAAAAAUAAAGCCAUACAGUUUUUUUUUUUUUUUUUACCUCAGUUACCCCAAAGCCCCUAAAUUGGAAAAGCAGCAAGCACAAUGUUUUCAAGAUAAAAACUCUUAUAAAAGGAAUAUACACAAUAAAAUGUUCAAACUCCA